AUGAUUUGUGCACUUGAAGUACCAGAACAACUCGGCGGAGCUGCUGUUACACUCAGUUCUGCUACUUUUCUCCAUUUUGUUUUCAAAAGAAGCCAAUGGCGUUUAGGAUGGGUUGAGAAGUUCCAACCAUCGUUGAACCAGCAUGGCCCCGAGAUAACUUGGAGUACGGAGAAUGCACGACAGCAUCAUGAUCAGGCUGUCCGUGUAACAUCAAGUUGGAACAUGGGCUUUCUCAUCCUGACAAUUCAGGGUCCACUUCCAUUCAACCAACGAAAUCUGGACGAUGAGACGGACCGUUCCGGUCGCGGCGAUCGCGCCUUAUGGGGAAAGGAGGCCGGUCAGUCUCCCAAGCGGGCCAAGCGGACUUUUUCUCAUCUUAGAGGAUGCCUCAUGGCCUUCACAUGGACUUCGGGUAUACUCCGUAAUGGCUUCCUGCAGGUGUUAGACGUGCAGCAUCGAGAUUCAAGGCCCAAACUAGGAAUAUGGAACAAGGGUAGUGUGGCGAUGGAUGGCCUUAUCUCGGACAAUUAGGUUACCACAAAUAACACAGGGCCAAUGAAUUCAAAAAGGCUGCUUCUGCAUGAGAUGACAGGGAAGAAGACGCCAACCGAGAGUCAUCAACUGGGAUUCACAAAACAAUAAAGUAUAAUUUACAGCCC